CAUCUAAAACUGGACUUGCAGCAUCGUUCUUCCAGCAAACAUCACGCCUCUCUCGGGGCCUCGGGGUGUUUUAACCUCCACCACAGUGCUCCAGGGAGUCAGCGGGGCUUUGGAGAACUGCAAGUCCCAGAGAUCUCGGCAUCAGUGAACCCAGAGCCGGCGGUUGAAUAACAUGGCAGCGCUUGCCAGCAACACAUGCGAAGUUAUGGAGCGGUCUAUCCGGCAGCGAGCCCCGCCGCUGCUCACGGACCUGUACCAGUUCACCAUGGCGUACGCGUACUGGCGGACCGGCCGGCACCAGGAGCCCGCCGCCUUCGAGCUGUUCUUCAGGGACAACCCGUUCGGCGGAGGCUUCUCGCUGUUCGCCGGGCUGCACGACUGCCUGCUGUUCCUGCGCAGCUUUCGACUCACAGACGAAGAUGUGGCGUUCCUGCGCUCCGUCCUGCCCCCUACCACCGACCCCGCCUUCUUCCAGUUCCUGCGAGGCCUGGACUGCUCCGGCAUCACCCUCCGCUCCAUCCCGGAGGGCACCGUGGUGUUUGCCAGGGUGCCUCUGAUGGAGGUGGCAGGUCCGUUAGCUGUGGUUCAACUGCUGGAGACCAGUUUACUGUGUCUGGUCAACUAUGCCAGUCUGGUGUGCAGUAACGCUGCCCGUUUCCGCCUGGCGGCCGGCCCCAGGAGGAAACUGCUGGAGAUGGGCCUCAGGAGGGCUCAGGGACCAGAUGGAGGGCUCACCGCCUCCAGAUACACACACAUAGGAGGGUUUGACCUCACCAGUAACGUUCAGGCUGGUUUCCUGUUUGGGAUCCCAGUCGCAGGGACCAUGGCACACUCGUACAUCACUUCCUUUACCUCCCUGGAGGAGGUGUGGCCACAAUCUCUUGUGGCGCUAAACGGGGACCCCGAUCCAGUUGACAUCAUUUCGCUGACUAAAGGCUGGUUGAGGCGUGUGUGUGAGCUUUUAGGAGGUGAGCCUGGGAAGAUCCACGAGGGCGAGUUGGCAGCCUUUUUGUCCUACGCCAUCGCCUACCCACAGAACUUCCUGCCUGUGAUUGACAGCUACAGUGUUGGCUGUAGUGGCCUGUUGAACUUCUGCGCUGUGGCCUUGGCGCUGAGUGAACUGGACUACAGGCCUAUAGGAGUCCGUCUGGACAGCGGGGACCUCUGCAGGCAGUCGGUCGACGUCCGUCGUGUCUUCAGACUCUGCAGCGAGCACUUCUCCGUCUCCGCCUUCGACUCACUGAUCAUCGUGGGGAGCAAUAACAUCACAGAGCAAAGCAUGGCAGAGCUCAACAAGAAGGAGAAUGAGAUCGAUGUGGUUGGAGUUGGAACACAUCUGGUCACCUGCACACGGCAACCCUCGCUGGGCUGUGUGUAUAAGCUGGUGGAGGUGAGGGGGGGUCCCAAGAUGAAGAUCAGUGAGGACCCAGAGAAAAGCACUGUCCCCGGGAGGAAAGCUGUCUACAGGCUAGUAGACGCUGAGGGCCAUCCAUUUCUGGACCUGGUGUGUCUCAAUGCGGAGUCUCCUCCAGAGGCAGGAGUCUCUCUGAGCUGUUACCCUCUGAUGUGUGAUAACUCCUGUGUCUCAGUCACUCCAGCUCAGGUCUCCUGUCUGCGCCAGGAGGUGUUCACCAAAGGACAGAUCACACACCCGCUGUGCAACGCUGCAGAAACUAGAGUAAAGGUCCAGAGUUCCCUCCAGACGCUGCACCCUCGACACAAGAGGCUGCAGGAGCCAGACUCUUACACGGUGGCGCUGUCAGAGAAACUUCAUCACCUCGUCAUGGAGAUCCAAAAAGGAAGCUCCAACAACAGCAACUUUCUUUUAGCCAACUAAAUAUAAUCCUAGACCUCAGUUGUCAUCUUCUUUUUGUCUUUUUUUAUUGACACUCUUUUCCAAAGUGCCUCAAGGUGAAAGAAGAGCACACGUUUGUAGACCAUGCUCCGAAUGAACUCUAACAUACUCUCCAAAUAUAAGGAAUACACAAAUAAAAAUGUGUUGUGGCCUUUGUCAUUCAAAGCUAAUGUCUGUAAAACAGGGUUAAGAUGAGCAGAAAAUAACUUUGUACUUUUGCAAGCCCAGAGUGGACCGGUGGAAGCAAAUUAAAACACAGUAU